UUUACAUAUAUAAACAUACAUAUGGAAAUUUCUAUAGUUUUUAUUUAAGAGAUAGCUUAUUUCUUAUUCAUAGAUUCAAAGAAAAAACUUUCAACAAAAAUAGAACUCUUAUAGCACUCUUUGUAUCCUAUUAAUUUUCCUAUUUUCAAACUUUCAUGUAUAUUUUAACGUAGAUAAAUAUCCACAGUAAAUUAUUUUAUUAAGUACAGUUACGUACAGGCAAAUAAUAUGUAUUAAACGAAGAAAUAAUAUGUUUACCAGGGCAGAUCACCACGACAUUGAUCAGAAUAAUCGCGUUAACAGUCAAUGACAUUCGUCAGCUUGUGCUCAUGUUUCCUUAAAUAUUAUGGAGCGUUCGGACUUUAUCUACCUGGCAUCAAAUUUAUGCUAACGACUCAGAACGAGAGUAUCGAAUAGCGAGGCGCAAGGAAGGAGACGUGGAGAAUAGAAAGAACGCGAGGUUCAAAAUCUCGAUCGAGUUCUCAGGCAGCCUGCAUAGAUUCUAAAACCUGUUUCUCUGGUGCACUGUUUACAGCGUUCUCUUAUAAGAAAAGCGUCAUUUGACGAUAAAACUUUAAUACGAAGUACGUGUAAAAAUAUAUUAUAGUAUAAUUAAUAAUGUACGCGCGAGUGAAACUAUGUGGAGGAAGAGGAACAAUGAAGAAAUUAUGUGCUCAAUCGUGCUCGAAUAAUACGUGUCAUGUUAACCGCACCGAACCCAAGCCUUUCAAAGACAUUCCAGGACCAAGAUCCUUCCCCGUUAUUGGGACGCUUCAUAAAUAUCUGCCUUUCAUCGGCGAAUACAAUUUCAAGAAGCUGCACACGAACGGCUUGUUGAAGUUAAAGCGUUACGGACCUUUGGUACGUGAGGAAAUAGUACCGGGUCAGCCUGUCGUGUGGGUGUUCCGACCGGAAGAUAUCGCGGAAAUUUUCAAAGCUGAGGCGGGUAUGCAUCCUAAGAGAAGAUCACACUUAGCUCUCUUAAAGUAUCGAAAAGACAGAAGUGAUGUGUACAACACCGGGGGUCUUUUACCCACGUAAGAAUUGUCCUCACAAUUAAUUACUUUAUCAACAAAAUCACUAUUUAUCACAAAUUUGUAAGAAUUGUUAUACACUGAGAAAAAAAAUUGA